UUAAUAAAGAUAAUGGAGAUGAGCGUAUGAAUAUAUGAAGCCUAAAGAAACAUAAAUAGUUGUGAGGCAUUGGUAGUGUUUGGAAUGAUAGUUUGCCUUGUCCAAUGAUCAGAGACACAUUAAAAAUCAGAGUUCUGGAAGAAUAUUUUGUAUAUCCACAGGAACUUCAGUUUCAUGUAUUAUUUUAACAUCUCCACCCUAUCCUUUCUGCUCCCAUCCCUUUACUCAUUGGUUAAUUUUCAGUUUUCAAUGUGAUUGAAUUUCCAUAUUUUUUGGAAAAAGUCAGACCGUGGAUUCAAGACUUGUUGAUUGAUUUUUGCCCAGUUAUUUUGUACAUCCAUUUAAGACUUAAGCAGACUUAAAGCUGAAGUCUUCCAUGCACCUAUUUGGGGUUAUAUUCCCAAUGGACACAGAAAGGAUUUUAUUCCUUGUGAAACUGGAUUGAUUGGACUGUAAUGUAACUGUCAUGGAGCCAGAUCCCAGGGCUGAAUUUCCAAGCCCUGAAUCUGACUUCAUAACAUAAAACAACCCUGCAAGCACCUGGCGGGAGAAGAUAAAAUGAGCCUGGGAACUCAGAGUUGAAAGUAUAAACAAUUAUAAUUGCUGUAGUGUGUGGGAAUAGAAAUCAUGGUAGAAAUGUGAUCCCGAAGGUGGGGUUUGAUGAUGAUAUUUGCGUGUGAUAUUACGUUGCAUCAGAAGUGAUAAAAUUAGAUGUAUGUAAACAUUAGGUCAUUCUCGACUUUUCCAAAGUCAUGUAUUCUUCAAUAAAGAUUGAAUUUGAGAGCAGCUAUCUUUGAUCUGCGUUCAGACUGGUCCUUUGAAGUGAGCCUGACAUUAAAGUCGAGAAUCCAUUUCUCACCCUCCUGCGGAAUUCGCAGUGAAGUGAUAAUGAGUGAAGAAGGAGAUCAAAGCCCAAAUGGGGCAGAGAGGCCUUUGCAAGGGGCCCGGCCGAAGAGAGAAGAAACGCUGCAAGCCAUAGCUUCCUCUACGGGGUACCCCAGGCCGAACGGCGUGACCCAGAGAAUUCCCAGGGGAGGAAGAGGCGUCUCUGCGGCUGCAGAAACCAGUUGGGGAUCUGGAGGAAGUAUGCCGGAGACCGUGGCCCUGCGGUUAUCCAUCCUGGAAACUAAUUUAUCCAGGCUGUCGGAAACCGUGGGGAGAUUGGUGCCAUUAUUGGAAGAGAAUCUCCAAAAGGAGCCCAGCCGAUAUGGCGCCGAGAGAGAACCAAGUAAAGAAGGAGAUUGGAGCCAGAGGGGCCAGCGAGCGUCAACGCAGAGUCCCGUGGCGGCAAGGGACGAGGGAGAUGAGGAAUACUGGCGGGAGCUGGAGUUCCGGGACAGAAUGGCGCGAGAAGUGGAGCGUCAGCGAGCCCUGGGAACUCUGAGGCCGCCAUCUCCAACAGAGCUCCCAACCCCCCGAAUGGGCGUCGGGGUGGAAAGGCCACUGGGGCCAGGGAUCGGGUCCAGUGGAUUGGCAGACGAAGGCGGAGAGGAGCGGGGGAUCCAGGAAGAGGAGGAGGAUGUGCCGUACGACGAGGAAAGGCGAGAUGAGGGGGCUACAGCAAGGCCAGUAUGCGGAUGGGCGGAAGAGCCGACAGCGGCGGCAGACUUUCGGGAGCCGCGCAGAAUGACCACCGGAGUGGGGCGCGGCGUGUUCCAAGGAGCCGCCCGAGGAAACCUGAUGCAACCCUUCCCCAUGCCUCCCAGACAGCAUCAACGGGCUGCAGAAUGGAUGCCUAGAAGGGAAGAUCUCAAACUAGAAUACGGAGGGGAAUCAGAUGAACUGAACUUUUUUCUAAUUAGCAUCAGAGGAUACAUGGAAGACAAUGCACACACAUUCCCCUCCGAGGCAAGCAGGGUUCGAGCCAUCGGCAACACACUAAAGCGAGGAGCAGCCAGCUGGUAUGUGCAGCUUCAUGCCAGACGCGACCCAUGCCUGAGGUCAGUGCCCCGCUUCCUCGCCGCACUGGAAAACCGGUUCAGAGACCGGCUAGAGCAAUUGAGGGCUCGAGACCAGCUGAAAGGAAUAAAGCAGAGGGACAAAACAGUGCCCGAGUACGCAGAGGAAUUCCUUCACCUCGCGGAAAGGGUACCAGAAUGGUCUGAAGUGACCAAAGUGGAAUUAUUUAAAGAGGGACUACGCCCCGAGAUUUUCAGCUGGGCAGCGCACAGAGACGACCCCGAAACGCUCCAGGGAUGGAUUCAACUAGCGGGGCGCGUCGAAUCCACCCUGGCCCAAGUAAAGCGCUUCAGGAGCGGCAGCGGCCAGCAAAGACCGGUGGCGAGGGGUCGAGGAGAAACGAGGAAGCAGGAAAGACCCGGAGGGAGGCCGGGGAUUCCCUCCAGAGGAGACGACAACAAACCUAAACCGGGAUGCUUUGUAUGUGGGAAGACGGGCCAUCGAGCAGCAGAAUGCUGGGCCCGGAAGGGGGAGCCGCCAAAAGCCCCAAAGCCCAAGCCAGCAACCGGGAGGCGCGCGGAAGAGGAGGUGCAGGCCCCAGAAUCUUCAGAAAAACUGAACUAUGAUGAAAGAAGAACCGAAGAGGAGGACGAAGAAAACGAGGGCGCCAUGUCAUGGAGCCAGAUCCCAGGGCUGAAUUUCCAAGCCCUGAAUCUGACUUCAUAACAUAAAACAACCCUGCAAGCACCUGGCGGGAGAAGAUAAAAUGAGCCUGGGAACUCAGAGUUGAAAGUAUAAACAAUUAUAAUUGCUGUAGUGUGUGGGAAUAGAAAUCAUGGUAGAAAUGUGAUCCCGAAGGUGGGGUUUGAUGAUGAUAUUUGCGUGUGAUAUUACGUUGCAUCAGAAGUGAUAAAAUUAGAUGUAUGUAAACAUUAGGUCAUUCUCGACUUUUCCAAAGUCAUGUAUUCUUCAAUAAAGAUUGAAUUUGAGAGCAGCUAUCUUU